UAAACAACCUGUUCAUUUAUUCAAAAUCGGUGCAAACCGACACUCCGAGGCUAAUCGUAUAAAUUAAGAAUUUCUUCUCUCUAUCUUACGCUGUUGGAAUUAAUUGAUUAUCGAUUAUACGAUACUUUGACUGAGAUGAAAUUUUGAACUCGAGAACUUCUCAUAACCUACGAAGCAAAACAAAAACAUCGAAGAACGAAAUCAGCUGUUUCGACACUCGUGACGUAAAAUAAGUACCAUCUCUCAAGAUGAUGCAACUCUGAGAGCUUUGACCUGAUUAUUUAAUCUUCGCUUUUCAUACGAUAUUAAUAAUAACGAAAGCGCGUGUUUUUAUUCCUUUCUUACUCCUCUACCGUUUCUCUUCUCUCGUGGAACCAUUAUGGAAACUUGAAGUACACCGUGUGGGAAAAACGAUGGUAAUCUGUCGUUACAUCACAAAGAUGUUCAACCGUCGCAUCUCCCCGACAAUCGGAGCCGCGUUUUACACCUGCAACAUCAACUUGGAACGCGUCAAAGUGAAGCUGCAGAUAUGGGAUACAGCCGGUCAGGAAAGGUUCAGAUCCAUGGCGCCGAUGUAUUACAGAAACGCCAACGUGGCGCUGCUGGUGUUUGACCUGACAAAGCACAGCUCUUUCAAUGAGAUUAAAUCCUGGGUGAUGGAGCUGAAGAGGAAUGUGGACAAGACGAUGGUACUGGUCCUGGUUGGAAACAAGAGCGACCUGGUGAGCCAGAGGAUGGUGGACGCGGAGGAGGCGAGCCAGUACGCGACAAGCAUAGGAGCCAGCUACCACGAGACGUCGGCUGUUUGCGACGACGGAGGUGUGGAGAGCGUCUUUGUCGCAGCUGCGGCAGGCUUGUCCGACCUCAGCGAAGAGAACCACGAGCGCCUAAACAGCCUGAGGAUCAACGACUCGAUCAGGUCUAUUCUCAACAGCGACGAUCAACCCGCCAGUCCAUCCAGCGAAGACUGCUGUCUGGCUGACAGGAGCAUAGCUCACGGUAUACACGAAAAACCUCACAUGUGCUGCUAGUGACGGAUGAAUGACGAGCGUUAAAAUUUUCACAACUACUUGGAGUAAUACUGAGAAUCGGAGAGGAGUUAUCCCGCUCUAAUCGUUAUACUCGCUCCAAAUCAUGCGGUUUCUUUUCUUACUUACAUUUGUUUUUUUUUUUUUUUUAUCCGUUUUCAUUCGCUGUUUCUCUUCCAUCUCCAUUUCUUCCAUUUUUUGCUAGCGUUGUUUAUUACAGUUUAAUUAUUCUUGCUCAUUACUUCAUCUAGCAACCGAUAUAUAUAUAUAUUGACAAUAAAAAAUAUCUAGGAUAUUUUUUUGUAUUUUAGCAAGAAGAUCACUAAGCUUUGUGUGAUCUAUAAUUACGAACGAUGAGUCAUUAGAUACGCGUAACUUGUACUGAUUAAGCGUAAGUUCAAUUUUAACAAAACAAAAAAGAGAAUUUGUGUCUACGAGGGAAAAAAAAAAAUAUACAAAUAUCCGAAAAAAACGAAGCAAAAAUUAUUGCGACUGACAUUUGUAGGAAAAUUUAUACAGAUAUUUCAAUAAUAAGGAUAGGGUAAGUUGAAGAAUCUAAGUGCAUCUGUAUAUAAUUGUUAACUGUUAGAAAAUUAUAAGUUUAAUCUGUUAAAAUAUCUAGUCUAUAAAAUUGGUGAAUUCGAUUAUUGGUCAACUUGGAAGAUGAAAAAAAUUGUUUUAAACUGUUCCAAGUUUUCUUUUUUUUAAACUACUUUUUAUCGUGCUCAAAUCAUAUCGAGGCACUAACAAUAUAUAACGUUGAAGAAAAAUGUACAAAUAUUAUACAUAUAUAUACUAGUAAAUUGCGUUAAGUAUAAUCAUCGAUUAACACCUCGAUGAAAGAAUUGAACUAAAGAAAAAUCGUUGUAUUAUUACUUUUUGACGAAUCAAUAGCGUGGUUAUUUAGAAAAUUGAAACGAAGCUAGUAACGUAAAGCUGAUGAUUUCAGGG